UCUGGGAAAUGGAGUUCCCAGGUGAGCACAGCCCGCGGGCUGUCGGGAGAUCAGCAGCGCCUGCGCGGGCGGUCUUGCCCUGGGAGAGAGGAUGCUUGCGCAGCGCAUUCCACCCGGGCGGAAGUUACCGCGGGACAACUGAGAAGCAUGAUCACCUUCUGUCCCGACUGUGGCAAAAAUAUCAAAGCAGCAUUCAGAUUCUGCCCCUACUGUGGGAAGCCUUUGCCUACAGAGGAGCAUGAGGAGUCGCAGACCUUUGUCAGGCCGCUGGUGUCAUCCUUCCGAGGCUCAAAGAGAGAGAGGAACGCCAGUUCUGAAAUCUCUCCUAAGAAAGUGAAAUGGUCCAGUGUUGUCACCUGUCCCUCUUCACACCUUCCCUCAGAUGGUGACAGUUCUGGGUCUGAAGAUAUCUUAAGACCCUGUGAGAGACCCAAAGCGUCCUCAAGCAGACCCCCAACCCCCAGAAGCAGCCCACAGGCAACCAGGCAAAGCCCCCAGACACUGAAGCGGAGCCGGGUGACCACCUCGCUGGAGGCUUUACCCGCAGGAACAGUGCUGAAAGACAAGAGUGGGCAGUACUGGAAGCUGGGAUCCCUCCAGACGAGGGACGAACAGGGCAUUCUCUAUGAAGCUGAGCCCGUCUCCACCUUGGCCUGCAAGUCAAGUGCCCAGAGACAAAGAUUCUCACUUAAACUAGAUGCCAAGGAUGGGCGCUUGUUCAAUGAGCAGAACUUCUUCCAGCGGGUUGCCAAGCCUUUGCAAGUGAACAAAUGGAAGAAGCUGUGCUCCGCCCCCCUACUGGCCAUCCCCACCUGUGUAGGUUUUGGCGUUCACCAAGACAAGUACAGGUUCUUGGUGUUCCCCAUCCUGGGGAAGAGCCUUCAGGCAGCCCUGGAUGACAACCCGAAGCAUGUAAUAUCAGUGAGGUCUGUGUUCCAGAUAGCCUGCCGGCUGCUGGAUGCCCUAGAGUUCCUCCAUGAGAAUGAGUAUGUUCAUGGAAAUGUGACAGCCAAGAAUAUCUUCAUGAAUCCAGAGGACCUGAGCCAGGUGGUCCUGGGAGGCUACGGCUUCGCCUUCCGCUAUUCCCCAGGCGGCAGACACACGGCUUACGUCGAAGGCAGCAGGAGCCCACACGAGGGAGACCUCGAGUUCAUUAGCAUGGACCUGCACAAGGGAUGUGGACCGUCCCGCCGCAGCGAUCUCCAGACCCUGGGCUACUGUUUGCUGAAGUGGCUCUAUGGUAUCCUGCCGUGGACAAACUGCCUUCCCAGCACUGAGGAUAUCAUGCAGCUGAAACAGAAGUUUCUUGACAACCCGGAGGCCCUGGUGGGACAGUGCAGUCGCUGGAUCAGCCCCUCAGGCUCUGAGGCCUCUCCUGUGGUGGGGCUGUUGGCCACAGAGACCCUGCAGGAGUACCUGAAGGUGGUGAUGGCCCUCACGUACGAGGAGAAGCCACCCUACGCCACGCUGAGGAGCAGGCUGGGAGCCGUGCUUCAGGAUCUGCGCGUGUCCACCUACGACCCCGUGGACCUCCAGAGGGUGCCGUAGGUGGGUGCUGCUCACUGUUUGAAAUAGACAGAAUCAAAACGAAAGAAGAAAUGUGACUCAAACCUGCUGUAGAAUCACAAUAAGCUUCUAGAAAGACCUCUGAAUGUGCAUCCCUGCCACUUCUUCAGGCAAUACUACUUAGCUGUCUCUACAGCCGUCAGGGAACCUGGCAGUUAGGGUUCCAAAUAAUGUGAACUCCCAUCUCUCCACCAUCCUGACCUUUCAGCCAGCUGCUGGGGUUGUGGACAGAGAAGACCCCCAAGUCAAGGUCGGGGUUGAGCCGCCCCCCUCAGUGGGGACCCUUCCUACCUUGGGCACCACUGUGCUUUGGUAAUAAAUUGUUUCAUUGGAGCCUGGUGAA